AAAAGCUAUUUUCAGUGUAGAUAUAGCUUGUGUACAUUUUUAGCGAAUUUCUUAGCUCCAUAAAAGGAUAUUGAAACUCCCUAUAGUGUGUAGCUAUAAAUAAUUAUUUGAGCUAUCAUUGCUUACUUGGUACUCAAGUGACGGCAUAGCUAGGCUGUUGAUUGAUAGCUAUACAGUACCUUGCAUAUAGAUAGCUUGAAAUUGUAUAUGUACAGUACUCUAGGCCGUUGUAUGCGUGUAGCUCCCAAAAGAAUGGAUAGAGAAGAGUGCGACUCUAAUGAGUAUGAGUUUGUUGAAGACAGCAGACUUUUGAAAGAACUGAACAAUGCCUGUGAGAAUGGAGAUGUACAGCAAGUCAGAGCACUCAUGCAUCGUAUACCACCGCAUUCAAAUUCCUUAAAGCACACGUACAAACCGCCAAUCUUCUGGGCAUGUAAGGCUGGACAGUACGACACUGUAGUCACACUUGUCGAAGAGUUUGACUGUGACCCUCACUACAUUUCGGAGAGAGGGCACACCCUAGUGCAUGUGUCCUGUGCUCGAGGCCAUGUAGAUGUGGCUCGUUAUCUUGCUAAGCAACACUCUGUGGAUCCCAACAAGGCCAACAAUGAUGGAACCACGCCGCUCCUCUCUGCUUGCAACAAUGGCCACACUAAAGUUGUGAUUCUUCUCAUCGAUGAGCUCAAUUGUGACCCACACACUUUGGGAGAGCAUAACAAAAGUCUCUUACACAUUGCCUGCCGAAAUGGUCAUGCAGAAAUAGUUCGACUUCUUGUUGAAAAAUACAAAUUGGAUCCAAAUGCUGUAGAUUCGUUUAGGGAGACACCUCUGCAUAUUGCAUGCAGCAAGGGACAUCUGGAGAUUGUGGAGUGCCUUGUGGACGAGCUAAAAUGCCCAGUAGAAGUGUUUGAUCGUUGCUCAACAACUCCACUACACAAUGCCUGCCGAAAUGGCCAAGUCGAUGUCGUCAUGCACCUGGUGGACGGUCACAAAAGUAGUCUGCUAGCUUACGACAACUCUGGAUUUUUGCCUUUUCAUGUAGCCUGUCGAUACGGUCGCAAAGAUGUCAUCAAGCUUCUUCUCGAUCGAGGCUUCGACCCAAACACCCCAACCCUCUCCAACGAUACUCCAAUCGAAAUAGUCCGUGACAAAGAGGCAACGACCGUACUUAUUCAGCGAGGUGCCAAAACACAGGGGAUCAGUCUGGACAUCCUUCAUCACUUUCAGGUACAACAGCCAUUAGAUUCCCUUGUGCACGUUCUGGUUAUUGGUCACGAAGGAGCAGGGAAGAGUACCAUAGUGAAGGCAUUGAAAACUCCUGUGCGGUUGAGCGAUUACUUCUCGAGAAUUUUUGGUGCUUGUUUGGUGGAUGACGACAAACAGGAUCGCACCAAAGGAAUUGUUCCGAUUCGUUUUGACAGUCCAGAGUUUGGGAAUCUGAUGAUUUACGAUUUUGCCGGCCAAUAUGAUUACCAUCCGAGCCAUGCAGCUGUUCUUGAGCACUCAAACACAUCUUCUGCUCCCCUUUUUCUGCUGGUGGUGAAUCUAGCAGAAAUGCUGGAGGUGAACAAAAGGAGAAUCAACUACUGGGUGAAUUUUGUGGAAAACAACCCAAUCCCUGGAGUCCAACAUCCUCAUGCCAUUGCUAUCGCCUCCCACAGAGAUGAGCUGAGAAAACGCUACCCUAAAGAGUACAAUGCCCAAAUCUCAGCCUUGGAAGGUUUCACUCGAAGCAGAUUCAAAUGUUCUGGGAUAACUCUUGACGGUUUCUUUGCUCUCAAUUGCAGGGAGAUAUCGUCGGACAAGCAUACUCAACUUCGGAAACAGCUCAGGCUGACUUGUGACAGGCUUCGCUCGAAUAUCGAGGUGGAUGCGUGCUGCCAUGUCCUAAUGGUAGUCCUUUUGAAAGAAUUUGAGAAAAAUGUCUCAUGCACAAUCGAAGAGGUCUCAAGAAAAGUGAAAGAGUCAGAUUAUCCGCUAUCAACGAAACCAAGUCGCUUGUGUGAGCUCGCUGAAGCCUUGAGCUCUCGUACGGAGAUCCUCUUUAUCCGGCACAAAACACACCCCGAGAAGAGCUGGAUCUUGCUCCAAAUGGAUGUCUUCCUGACUGAAAUCCAUGGCCGAAUUUUUGCCCCGAAAAAUUUCUCGCAAUCUUUGGAAGCAUCAGAAACGGGAGUGGUUCAGUGGUCACAAAUUCUUGCCUGCUUUUCAGAUUUCCCAGAUCCAAAUCUAGUUGUUGCCUUUCUUGGUCAUUUUGAAGAAUGCAAAAUCAUCGAUGAUCCUGAAGUUCUAGUGCUUAUUGACGAAGACAUAGCAAAAGACACUGCCAAGAAACCACGUUGGCCCCAUCAACCCUCCAUUGAACUACCUGGUAUCCGCCCUAUAGCUUCACCAUUUGCCACUGGUCCGGCCACCACAGGAACACCCAGUGUCUACGCACGCGGCACUAUUUCUAGCUGUCCUGCUGAUUUAGAUUUCCCCUGUGCACCGACCUUAGUUUCUCCACCGUCUUCCAGCCAAAUUGGAGACGACGAUGAUGUGUGUACAGAUAGUCCAUCAGGAAAAUCUUCAACUCCAGAGCUUUAUACUGGUACAGCACAAACACCAUUAACUCAGUACCCCGAAGGACCUCGUGAAGCAUUUCCCGAUCGUGUACCAUCAUUACCCAAGCCACCUAGGCCUGUUCACAUUUCACCUAGACGAGAAUCCAACAUGGUACCUUCAGGAUUCCUCCCUGAAAAGUACCUAUUUAUUCCUGGUCUCAUUUCUGCCGACUAUCCCUCCUCUACUGUGUGGAAAGGCGGACAAGACUACACUCUAUACUCUGGAUGGUGUCUACAGUGUGCUGAAAAUAAGUUCUUUGAGCCACGUUUCCUUCAAGCUUUGCUGCUUCGACUGACAUUUGGAUUUGCUGCCUCCCAGCCAGCAGCCAGGAGUGCUACAACUAGACCCACCUCCCUCAUUCCCAGCAAGAGAGAGUGCACUCUUUGGAAGAACGGUAUUCGCUGGCUUAGCCUCGAUGGAAUUGAAGUGAUUGUCGAAUUCGUUGAAGACCGCACAGGUAUUCUCCUACUCAUGCGAGCUAAGGAUCUUUCAAAAAUGAAGUGUGUCAAACUUCGUUCGCAACUCAUUCAAAAGAUCCUCGAAGCGAAGAGUGAUUACUGCCCCACGCUGGAAACUUCAGAGAGCCUCAUUGACCCCAAGCAUAUUGAGGAGAGACAUCAGUACCCAGUCAUCUUCAAGCCUCUGAAGACACUUAACAGAUAUGAUAUCACAUCCGUGGCUGAAGCUUUCAUGACACGAUCUCCAUAUGUGUACGAUACCAAGAGGGAAGGUUUUGUUCUCAUUGAUAAACUGGUCUACUUUGACUCUUACAACGGGGUCAGCAAGUUCAUUCUCAGCCGUCUCUACGACCAAGACAAUCAGGGCCAAGAGCUGGAGCAAGGGUUUCUCCUCGAUUUCUCAUUCUGUCAUCCGUCCAGCUAUUCCUACUUCAAGAAUGUUCUACUGAGCCAGUAUCCUGUCUGGUACCACAAGGAACCUUCGGACAGGAAUGAUAAUCGCUGUCUGGAGGUGCUAUGCUGGUAUGCUAAUACUGGGACAAAAUCUUUGGGCGACUUCAGAAGUGACCUGGACUCACACAGCCUCUUUGCUGGACGAAACAUACUAGAGGUGGAGCUCUCCACAGUGCCGGUGGCUGAACUUACCGGAAAGCACUCUCUUGGCCAUUAACUAACACUUUGCCCUUUCAGUUGAAAAGACUGAUACAUUUUCCCCGCUAGUGCCAAUUUUUCUAAUCACUUCACGUAUACUGUUAACUUUAAUUUUGUGUAUCAUAAUCAUUUUUAUACGCAUCCUUUUACAUUGAUAAUACCUUGGAACACACACAUAAUUAAUUAUUAUAAUUAUGCA